AUUAGAAAUUACAACCAUCGUCACACCGGAGAAGACGAAUCACGACAUGAACCAUGGCUACGACUUUCCACCUGUUCUCUUUCCUCCCUUGGGAGCUGCGUGCUCGCAUUUGGGAACUGACGGUUGAGCCUCGGACAGUCGACGUCCACGCCAAGAGGUACCUCAUCAAUGAAGGGGAUCGGCAAGCAUACGCGCGGCUGGUCUCAACCACGCCCGUGCCAGCAACACUACAAACUUGCCGCGAGUCGCGCAAUCUCGGACUGUACCAAAGGGCCCUUUCUGAGGUUGAAGUUGUCCCAGAGGGCGGCGAGAGGCGUUACGUCUGGCUGAACUUUGACUUUGACAUUAUCGACUAUGGGCGGGAUGACCUCUACAACUACCGUUGGGCUGCGCAGCCUGUCAAGCGGCUCAAAUAUAGGGCUCGAGGGUUUCACGACUGCGAUGUUCAUUCAUUCAACUUCUUUGAGAACCUGAUAGAGGCUCACAUAGAUUGCUUCGACGAAGAAGGCCUGGAAGAAUGGUAUUGCACCUUUGCACCCUUCGUGCUCAGCUGCGAUCGCAGAAACAUUCACUUGAUCCAGUCGGAGAAUAAUCGCACAAUCACCGCACAGGAAUUGUGUGAAGAAUACGAACGUCAGCGGCAGCUUGAAGAACAGGCAUGGGCAGAGGCUGCAAGUGCUGAUCCGAUUCCUGUUUCUGAGAUGUUUGCCGGACUUGACAUUGACUCAAUGAUGCCCACGCUCCUGCGAAUUGCCGAGAUUGCUCGGAACAUGGAAGACAACAAUUGAGAAAGGACAACUGAGUGGGAGGAUUUCUGCCCGGGCUUCACAGCGUGUAGACGGGAAGGUCAAGGAGCUAGGGGC